UAGAAGGAAUGAUUCAACCUCUGGAAACAGAUACAAAUAGUCCAUCUGGAAAGGAAGGAAAGCCUGUAGAAAAUGGAAUCCUUGUGACUGAAGCACCUGGAAAGUUAAUGCAUAGGCAACUCAGUAACUCCUCAACAUACAGCAGAGACACCGGGAAGUCACAGCACCAGAGCAGCACAGCAGAGCUGCAGAAGCCACUUGCUGAAAAGAAUUCCUGGAAACUGACGGAGGCCGACACAGCAAAGACUGGGAGGGUAAAGGCAACAGUAUACUGGGACUACAUGAAAGCAAUUGGACUCUUUAUCUCUUUCUUGAGCAUUUUCCUCUUCAUGUGUAAUCAUAUAGCCUCCUUGUCUUCCAACUACUGGCUAAGUUUAUGGACAGAUGAUCCUGUUAUCAAUGGGACACAGCAGUACACAAAUGUCAGACUGGGAGUGUAUGGAGCACUGGGAAUUUCUCAAGGUUUGCUUACCUAUUUUAAGUCGAUGGUUGUGUCAAUAGGGGGAAUAUUUGCUUCACGACACCUGCACCUUAACCUGCUGCACAAUGUCCUCAGGUCUCCAAUGAGUUUCUUUGAACGUACACCAAGUGGAAAUCUGGUGAACCGUUUCUCUAAGGAGAUAGAUACCAUUGACUCCACCAUCCCACCAAUCAUUAAGAUGUUCAUGGGCUCGACAUUUAAUGUGAUCGGGGCUUGUAUCAUCAUUCUGCUGGCCACACCUAUAGCUGCCGUCAUUAUUCCACCUCUGGGACUUGUCUACUUGUUUGUGCAGAGAUUUUAUGUGGCCACUUCUCGCCAGCUCAAACGCCUUGAGUCUGUCAGUCGUUCUCCUGUAUAUUCUCAUUUCAAUGAGACCCUCCUGGGAGUCAGUGUCAUUCGAGCCUUUGAGGAGCAGAAACGUUUCAUAAAGCAGAACGACAUGAAAGUGGAUGAAAAUCAGAAAGCCUAUUAUCCAAGCAUUGUUGCGAACAGGUGGCUGGCUGUCCGUCUGGAGUACGUGGGGAACUGUAUUGUCCUCUUUGCAGCAUUGUUUGCAGUGAUUGCACGCAACAAACUCAGCGCAGGACUGGUUGGCCUCUCGGUGUCCUACUCACUGCAGAUUACAGCAUACUUGAACUGGCUAGUUCGCAUGUCAUCUGAGCUGGAAACCAACAUUGUUGCUGUUGAAAGAGUCAAAGAAUAUGCCGAAAUGGAGAAGGAGGCUGAAUGGAGUAUUGAACAAACUGCCCCAGCGAGUACCUGGCCCGAGGAAGGGAAGGUUGAGUUUCGAGGCUAUGGUUUACGUUACCGGGAAGACUUGGAUUUGGUUCUGAAAAACAUAAAUGUUACCAUAAAUGGGGGUGAGAAGAUUGGAAUAGUUGGAAGAACGGGAGCUGGAAAAUCCUCACUUACUUUAGGUUUGUUUCGGAUUAAUGAAGCAGCUGAAGGAGAAAUUAUUAUUGAUGGAGUUAAUAUUGCAAAGAUAGGGCUCCAUGACUUGCGGUUCAAGAUUACCAUCAUCCCUCAGGAUCCAAUAUUGUUUUCUGGCUCUCUGCGUAUGAAUCUUGAUCCUUUUGACCAACACUCUGAUGAAGACAUUUGGAGGUCUUUGGAAUUGGCUCACUUGAAAAACUUUGUAUCGUCCCUUCCUGAUAAACUUAAUCAUGAGUGUGCUGAAGGUGGAGAGAACCUCAGUGUGGGACAGCGCCAGCUGGUGUGCCUGGCACGAGCACUGCUCAGGAAGUCCAAAAUCCUGGUUCUAGAUGAAGCCACAGCUGCUGUUGAUCUUGAAACAGAUAAGCUUAUACAGUCAACAAUAAAGUCUCAAUUUGAAGAAUGUACGGUAUUAACUAUAGCACAUCGUCUGAACACAAUCAUGGACUACACAAGAGUUUUAGUCCUGGACAGAGGAGAAGUGGUGGAGUGUGGUAGCCCAGACCAGCUACUUCAGGAAAAAGGCAUUUUCUAUAGCAUGGCCAAAGAUUCAGGCUUGGUGUAGCAUUUGAAGUUGGUUAGUUUGCGUGGGGAAGAGGGAGGUGAUACAUUCAGAGAACUGUAACUUCCCCUGAGCUGGCAUGAACCAUACAGUUCAGUUUCAGACCUAGUGAAGUCAGCCAGAGUAUGGCAAUGGAAGUAACAUAAAAAUGCAAUUUUUUUCCUUUUUUUUUUUAUUCUCCUUAGUACUGAUUUUAGCCAGUGUUAGGAGAAGCACAUACACUGUGCAAAACACUUCAGAGACUUUUAAUUUUUGCCUGAAAUCUGUCAUUAUAUGCUCAAAUGUAAGGUGGAGUGAUUCAUCCGAGAAGUUCAGAAAAGCUUUCUUUUCAUCUGCUCUUAUGUUCUGAAACCUCCUUUUUUUUGUUGUUCAAAACAUUUUUGCAAAUGCUAGUUUUUUGCUUGUUUGCUCAUUCCUCAUUUGAUGAGCCAUCUAUUGUGGGAUGCACUUGGAACAUUUUGUGGCAUAGUACUAUAGUCCAAAGGUUUUUCUUCUUGUGAAAUAACAUGUGUGCCAGACUUUCUCAUUAUGGCAUUUACUGUACGUGGUUAAUGCUUUUAUGCAUUCUCCUAAAGGUUUCAUGUGUUUACAGUGUAUAGCAGCAAGUUCACUAUAGUAAGUCAGUAGUGCUGAUGUGAAAAAGCACAGUCAACUUCAAAGCAGUAUUUAAGCAUGUCUAGAAUGACAAUCACUCCAAAACCAAAUCCGUGCAGCGGUUGGUGUGUUGCAGUAUGCAGUACCUGAUCUCACACCCGGUCACUCAGGAAUUCUGACUUGGGUGGCAAAUCCUGGUGAUGCCUGUGGGGACUAGGCUGAGAAGUGAGGAUUUUCCUGAGUGGAGGUUGCAGGCUCAGCAUGACAUUGAUUGUAAUACCCUUGGCUUUGGCAGUUCUGUGCUUUAGUAAAGCUCUGCCACAUCAAGGACCAUUAGCCUUAUAUCAAAGAAACAUGCCCUUCAUGCUGCAGGGCAUUUGUGGGAAACUGUUCUGUUACAGUUGUUUAAAAACAGUAAAAUAUUUUUUUUUUAAAGUUGUGUGUCAGAGAGGUCUGACAAUUCAAUUAGCAAUGGGGUCCUGUUCUCAAGAUCUACGUUGAAUGUUCAGUUUUCUGUGGGAAGAAAAAAGUUACUUUUCUCAUGUUCUGAUUAGUCUUAUUUUAAAGGAAGAUGCUGGAAGAAGGCAAACUGAGUCAGACGGACCCAAGUACUCAGCACUCUGAGAAUGUGGACUUCUGUGAAUGAUAUUGCUGACCUUAAUACUAGACAAUUGUCUUCUUUAGAGUAAAGCUAUUUAUUUUUUUGUAAAUUAUGACUCUGAAAUUGAAUAGA